AUGACAAUAAAAUUCGAACUCUGGAGCUACCCACAGGGUCCUAACCCAUUCAAAAUACUUAAUUUCCUGGAAGAACUUGGUUUCGCGUACAGAGGUGACUAUAUCAUCCACAAUCUUGACUUUUCACAGCACCCACUGAAGGGUGUAAAGGGUGAAUUCUUCGAACGUGUCAAUCCUAAUGGAAGGGUGCCUGCCUUGGUCGAUCAUAUGAACGACCACUUCAUUAUCUGGGAGAGUGGUGCGAUCCUACAAUACUUGGCCAGAAGAUAUGCUCCAGAUCAAUAUUUGGGUAAGAACUUGAACGAGCAGAUGACUACAGUCCAGUGGGUUGAUUUCCAGAUAUCUGGACAGGGACCAUUCCAGGGCCAGGUUGUUUACUUCAAACACUUCUGGAAGAACGCAACGGGAGAGGAUGCACCACCUUCUGUUAUCAGGAGAUAUGAAAAUGAGUGCUACCGCGUCUUUGCUGUGCUUGAAAAACAAUUAAUUCGUCAAAAAGAGAAAGGAAACAACUUCAUUGUCCACGACAGGUAUACUAUUGCAGAUAUUUCGUUCCACGGAUGGCUCAGAUCAAUUGCAAAAGCUGAAUUAUCCUUCAAAGACUACCCACACGUCGCCGACUGGGUCAACCGUAUGGAAAAGCGACCAUCCACUCAACGAGCAGCAAUUUCGCUCGUUGCAGAAUAA